GCUUGCCAAAUGCAAUUAGUCCUUAAGUGAGUGUACUAAGUUACCGAUAAGUGCGAGUGACAAUGAAAACGAUAAUACUCCUAACCUUUGCCUGCCUGUCGACUGCACUCGCUUAUCACGAUCCCGACCUUAACUACCACCUCAGCAAGCUACAGUCAACCCAAGGAUGCGGUGAUAACGGCUACAACUACGACGCACCCUCGGUCCAACUCACCACGAAAGGAAUCGUUUCCGUAGAAAACGCUGACUACUCAAACUCCAAUGACUACUCACAAUCGCUUUACGAUGCACAAAACCUGUACCAAGGAGGAUAUUCUGCAGCUAACACUGCUGGUCUGAGAGAGCAGUUCGUAGCUCAUAAGGAGGAGCACGGGUACACAACAUCUGAGGGACUCUCGUCGUCAACCCGAACGGUCGUUCCUCAGCCGACGUAUGCCCAAGCGCCAAUCAUUGCCAAGAUUACCGCUGCACCGCUGCAAGCCAAAUUCACUUUAUCUCCGGCUAAAACAUACCUGCCACAAAACCAGGUAUCUCAGCAAUCUAUAUUCACUGGUGGAUCCUAUGCUAAGGCCUCUCUGAACUCCUACACGAAGUCCGACGGCCCUGUGGUCUCUCAAGUAUACUCUGCAGCUCCCAGCGCGCAGUACACGACUCACCCGGACCUGAAAGUGUCCAGCUAUAAUAGCUACAACAGCUACAACCAGGGGCCGGUCGCAAAUGCCCAAAUUUAUAGGGCGCCAGCUGUACAAUACAAUUCCGCCGUAUCGUCUCCAGUGUACAGCCAAUACUCAUCCAGUAAUUAUGCUUCUGGUGGAUCCAAUUUGGCAUCAUCGUUAUCUGUGAUCGGAAAUCAGUAUUCGAGCCCGUCGGUCGCUCAGUACUCAGUUCCUGUUAUUCAACAAGCACCUCUUAUCAAGCAGUACUCCACACCAGUGGUUGCACAGUAUUCUGCUCCUACUGUCGUCCAGCACUCAUCAACGGUGACACAGCAUGCUGCACCAGCUAUUACCAAAUACUCAGCACCUGUGGUCGCUCAGGCUGUCAAUCAACACGCAUAUUCUGCGGUCACUCAGCACGCUGCGCCAGCAACGCAGUAUGCUGCACCAGCAACGCAGUAUGUUGCACCGGUUGUUACACAGCACGUUGCACCAGUUGUAACGCAGCACGUUUCACAAGCAACUCAGUAUAUUGCACCAGCAACGCAGUAUGUUUCACAAGCUGUGCAGUACGCUGCACCUGCGAUCUCACAGUAUGCUUCAUCUGAUUCAUCAGCAUAUUCGUCGUCCAGCUUGAACAAGCAGGCAUACCGAGUGGGGUACUCUUCGCCAGUGGUUUCUCAGCAAGUGUCAGUCGCCGUAGCUCCUCUGACGAAGCUCUCUGCAGGACACUCGUCUAAAAAUGUUCACACUGACUUCUUGGAGAAUUAUGACGCGCACCCCCGCUACGCGUUCGAGUACGGGGUUAAUGACCCGCACACCGGCGACAUCAAGCAGCAGAAGGAGGAGCGAGAUGGAGAUGUCGUCAAAGGUCAAUACUCCCUGGUGGAGCCGGACGGCUCAGUACGGACGGUGGACUACGUGGCGGACUGGGAGACCGGCUUUCACGCCAGCGUCAGGAACAGCAAGGACCAACAUUAACAACAUCUUGGGGACC